AUGGACCCCACCAGCCAAGAUAUCAACCUGAAUUCUCCUAACAAAGGUCUGCUAUCAGAUUCAAUGACAGAUGUACCUGUGGAUACAGGAACUACUAGGACCACCAUUCCUGAGGGUAUGACAGAGGCAGAGGAAGAAGAGCUCAGAUCUGAACUCACUAAGGUGGAAGAAGAGAUUGCGAUAUUACGACAGGUUCUGGCUGCCAAAGAGAGACAUUGUGGUGAGCUGAAGAGGAAGCUAGGCCUAACUCCCUUGGAUGGACUGAAGCAAAAUCUUACAAACAGUUGGCAUGAUGUUCAGGUCUCCAAUGCCUAUGUGAAAACAUCUGAGAAAGUUGGAGAGUGGAAUGAGAAAGUGACACAGUCUGACCUUUAUAAGAAGACUCAGGAAACUCUCUCCCAAGCAGGACAGAAGACUUCAGCUGCCCUGUCCAAUGUGGGCUCUGCUAUCAGCAGGAAAUUUGGAGAUAUGAGGAACUCUGCGACUUUCAAGUCUUUUGAAGAUUGA